GCCGGAAGAGAGGGAAGGAGUCAGAGUCUUAGACGUCCUGCAGGUCAGCCGGCCCACUACGCGCCUCCCCCCGCUGAGAGACACCCAGCUCCAGGCACAGGUAGCAAGCGAUCGACCAUGGCGCAGCGCGGGGACAAGGGCGAAAAGAGUGGCUUCUUCCGCAAAAUGUACUCGUCCAUCGGCAGCUCGUCACGGCAACUGGCAUCCAACCGCCACGAGAAGGCGCAACGCAGCGACAGCACGAGUAGCGGGACCAGCAGUGGAUACAACCAGAGCAGCCCUAGCGACGGUGCUACCACGGGAAGCGGCCACAGCGGAGGAGGCGGCGGCCUUCAGAACUUCGUCAAACACCACAGCUUUAACGGCCACAUGCCAUUCUCGCGCGAUGACCCACGUGCUACCGCUAGUGAUCCGCACCAGAGUCUUCUGUCGAAACGCCCGAGCCUCAUUGUGCCCUUUUCUAACCAGCAGCUGAGCAACGGCGCGGCCGCAAGCCCGACCGAAGGUGUCCAGAGCUACUUGGACGAUUUCCAGGCGCCCAUCUCCAAGUCGGGCGUGCUCAUUAAACAGGCCAACCACUUCAAGACGUGGAAGAAGCGUCUCAUGGUGCUUAAAGGACACUCGCUCUUCUACUAUGUGUCCGGCACGUCGGGUGAGGAUUCGUAUCCGCGUGGCGUCAUCCCACUUCAGGGGGUACGAAUUACUCCAAUCGACUCUGCUCGGUUCAAGCGUCAGAAUUGCUUUGAGAUCUGCCAUCCGGGAUACCGUCCUAUCUACCUGAUGGCUAAGAGCGAGGCAGAUCUGAGCGUCUGGAUGAGCAGUUUGACAUCAGCCGCAAUGCCCACGACGGCAGACCGCAAAAUGCUACUGGUGACUGAACCACUGGAAACGCUGUUUAAUACGCCUGCGCUGGAGGAUGCCGUACCGUACAAACGUACCUUUUACUUUCGCCAGAAAGUGGCGUUUUGCAUGCCCCGAAAGGAGGAUUCAGGGUACACAGCGGUGGAGCUCUUUGAUUUGAACGAGAAGCGAUUGACGACACUGUGCGACCUGAACAGCUACUGCGAUUCCUUUCCGAUGAUCCUAGAUGACCCGCAGCUUUUCGUCGAACUACUGCAUGUCGUGGGUUGCUACAUUUUCCGACCCUUCCCUCGACUGCAAUCGACGUCGCCUGGCAAUAUCUUUGUGGAAGAACCCAGCGCCGAAGAAGUGGGUAUGCUAGAGAACCCGAUGGACAAAUAUUCGGAAUACACGACGGAGGAGCAGCAGUGGGGACUACUCUCAGCUUGUUACGAUCUACUGUUGAAGGCCAUUGAGCAUAUUGACAAAUUAGAGAAGCACGUGCGCAAGGAGUUUUUCCCUUUGAGGUUUAUCGCGCAGCUCGUGAAUCUAUUCAAGACGCCGUCGUUCAAGGAGCGACAGGUGCUGAAGGGAGUGCUUCAUCGACUGUACUAUAAACUCACGCAGCGGCGGUCGGCCAUUCGCAAGGAAAUUGCCAAUACGUUCUACGAGUAUAUUUAUGAGACGUCGAACCACUACGGCGUGGCGGAGCUGCUCGAGAUCCUGGGCAGUAUCGUUAAUGGCUUCGCGUGUCCGAUCAAGCAAGAGCACGUGGUGCUGCUGGAGAAGGCGCUGAUCCCACUGCACUCUACGCCAGCCUUCAUCUCGUAUCACCAACAGCUCGCAUACUGCAUGAUUCAGUAUGUGUCCAAGGACCACACGCUUUUCACUCCGAUCGUCCGGGGCUUGAUAAAGUUCUGGCCGGUGGGUAACUCAUUCAAGGAGGUCAUCUUUAUCGUCGAGUUUGAGGAAAUGCUGGAGCAUGUGCUAGCAGAGUCGGAUUUCGACUUGAUCUCGCCCAAAUUGGCGCGGAGACUAGGCCAGUGCAUGGUCAGCGACCAGUUCCAGGUAGCAGAGCGUGCUAUUUCGUGCUGGAGCUCCCCGUCGUGCUUGCGCAUCAUGAACGAGUACGAGAAGCUGGGCCAAGGCAUGUUCGACGUGAUCAAGCCAUUCUUGCAACGAGCGGUAACAGGGCACUGGAAUACGCUGAUCCAGCAGAAGGCACAGGAAACGUACACCAUGUACUACAACAUGGGGUACGACAGUGACGACGUCGCAACGACAUCGUCAGCACUUGCCUCGGACGGAAAAGUACUGGACGGUAGUGCGAAGACGGAGGAGUCGGAUCCUGAUGAGGAGGCGAACAAUUCUAGUGAGGCGAACUUGUCGAUGGCUGUCCGGCUGUCGGCGUCAAACGUAGUAGAGUCAUUAGAUGUGGUGCUGUCGGACGAAGAGGACGACGAUGAAAAGCAGGACGCGUCCUAG